AUGUUGACGCACGCGCCCGUGGUUUUAGGGGCGCGGAUGCCCGCGUUCCACCCACAGCAACUGGUCAACGGGCUCCACCUAGCACCGCGGUUUCACAUUCCGUUUGCGGCAGCGACGGUUGCGUUUCAGAAUCAACAGGAUGAUUUGACCGCGCAUGGAGUAUCCACGCCUCAUCCCGGACCACAGGUCGAUGGACAACACAGCGCGUCCCCGUCCAUGCCGACAUGCGAGCUCUUUGGGAUGCCUGUGCGUGGCUUCGUAGGGCAGCAGUACGCGAAUGUGGGAUUCAGUUACGGGUACAUUGGCGUUCAACCGGACACCAUGGUGCACGCACCCGCAUCUGUCGCCACGCCCGCAUUUGCGCCGUCAACUCCAUUCCCCAGCGCGAUCCAUCCAGAAAGCCAGCCAACGGUGCAAGUCCCUCCAGACCCUAGAGAGCCACUAGUGGUCGGUGUAUACACACUGGCGCGAACAGACGGCCCAUCAUCAAAUGCGGUUACCGAUGGUUUUGGCCGUGCGGUGAAUGGUGGAACGUGGAUGAAUGCAAGCUCGCGUGCCCAUUCGCCGCCAAUAUGGAACGUGAACUCACUGUUGCCGGGAAACCCGGACGUCCACAUCCGCACCCUCGCGCAACCGACUGCAGCGGACGCGACUGGUGUAGGUGGGCAACCACAGGCGAACGCGGGGAACGCGGGGCGUGGAGCGGGUGCAAGAGGAAACGCGGGAAUAGGAAGAGGGACUGGUGCGAGAGGGAACGCGGGAAGAGGGACAGUGGAGAGAGGGAACGCGGCUAGAGGGAGAGGUGCGAGAGGAAGGGGUGGGAGAGCGAGCGCGGGACGUGGGACAGGUGUGGGAUCGAACGGGGAUAGUGCGAACGGGCAGGGAGCACCUGGGGUGACAGGUAACGGCGACAGAGGUAACGGUGGUAACGCGAACGGCGGUACCGGGAACGGGCCAGUUAAUAAACCGCGUAUAAGGAGGCGGCGAGUCGAUGUCGUGCCGCACACGGCACGCAACGGCUCCCGGGAGGGGAGCGAGGGGACAAGCGAUGAGGAUGACGAGGACGACGGUGACGAUGCGGACGAUAGUUGGAAUGACGAUGAUGAUAACUACCUAUCGAACUCGCUGUCCGCGCUCAACGAGGAGGAGGCGGAAGACAACGAACGGGUGCGGGGUACGCGGAGGGACAUUGAGGUCCCUAUUGCGGAUUGGAACAGGCUUGGUGUGGAUGACACGCCGACAGCGAAACGAGAGAUGUGCUACGGAAUCAUCUACGGUGUCUGUACGGCCACACUGAAGAAGUAUCGCGGUUGGGCCAACGAGUACAAGCGGUUCAUGGCGCACGUGCUGCCUAAAUUGGACGCGGGUAGGUUUGGUGAGGAGGCCGCGUUGAGAAACGCGAACCCAGACAAGAUCGGGGCAGCGCUCGAACAGAACAUGGGUGGUGAUUGGAAGAUGGCGGAGGGCGAUGAGCAGUGGUUCCACGGCCCUGAGACGAAUCCGUAG